AUGUCAGUUCCAACAAUUGCAAUUAUUGGAGGCGGUCCUAGUGGCCUUGCUUUGGCACGGUUGUUGGAAGUCAACAAGAUAGAAUACGUUGUCUACGAACGAGACGCAACCUCUUCAGUGGAGGGCCAGGGAGGCUCUCUCGACAUCCAUGGGAAAACCGGUCAAGUUGUCUUGAAGGAAGCCGGACUGUUUGACGAGUUCAAGAAGUAUGCGCGCUGGGACGCCACCAAAACUCUUAUUCAGGACAAAAACGGAACCACGCACCUUGAGUUUGGUGAGGAACAAGAUUCCCCGGAAAUUGAUCGCGCUUCGCUGCGUAAGAUUCUGCUCGAGUCUAUUCCGCCGAGUAAGAUCAAAUGGAAUCACGCCGUUGGUAGUGUGGAAAAGCUUGACUCUGGAAAUUUUUCUAUCAACUUCAAGAAUGGCAUUUCCGUGGCAGGCUUCAAACUUGUCGUUGGAGCAGAUGGUGCAUGGAGCAAAGCACGACACUUGCUCACCUCAGCAAAGCCUCAAUAUUCGGGGAAGCAUUAUCUUGAGGCCAAGAUUUCCAAUUCAAACCCCUUCCAUCCCACUAUCGCAAAACUAGUCGGAAGUGGAAAUCUUGUAGCUAUGGGAGAAGCAAAGCAAGUAUCAGCACAAGCACAAGGCGACGGAUCCUACCGCAUCUAUCUCGGUUUGACUGUUGCCGAGGACUUUGCUACAAACGGUCCUGUAGACCUCUCUAAAGCAGACGGAGAGGUUGCACGCAGUUUUUUCGUCACCAACACUGACUUCUUCGGCACUUGGGGUUCUCCCCUCAAGGACAUCAUUACAAACUCCGAGGGUGCCUUCAGGCCCUGGCCGCUUUAUCACCUUCCGUCUGAAGCACUCUCUUGGGUUUCAGUUCCGGGUGUCACUGUUAUCGGCGAUGCGGCUCACGUAUCUACCCCGUUCGUGGGAGAGGGUGUCAACUGUUCGAUGUAUGAUUCCUAUGUGUUGGCGUCUCAAAUCGCGGAACACGGUUUGGGUCAGCUGGACGCUGCGGUUGCAGCAUACGAAAAGGAAAUGUUUGAGCGCGGGAAAGACUUGAUUGAACGAAGCAACGGCAGUGCGAGCCUUCUAUUUGCACAGAAUGCCCCCAAGCCCUUAUUAGAUGUCCUGAAGUCCUCACAGUAG